GGACUCUCCCUUUCUAAACCUACGACAGCCUCUGCGUGGAAACUCCAGCUACAUCUUCGGCCGCCACUCCGUCAUCCUUGUCUGCGACGCCUCCGUCCGCAACUCUCCCUCAGUUUCUUUUAGGAAAAGAGACAUGAAGUUCAUCGCCGCAUACUUGUUAGCUGUGCUGGGAGGCAAAGCCAGCCCUUCCGCCGGUGACAUCAAGAAAAUCCUUUCCUCUGUGGGUGCCGAGGCUGAUGACAGUAAACUUGAGUUGCUCUUGUCUCAAGUUGAGGGGAAAGAUAUCACAGAGUUGAUUGCAGCGGGAAGGGAGAAAUUAGCUUCCGUACCAAGUGGUGGUGGUGCUGGUGCUGUGGCAGCUGUUGCUGCUGCACCUUCCAGUGGCGGUGGGGCUGCCCCAGCUGCUGAGGAGAAGAAAAAGGAAGAGAAGGUUGAAGACGAAUCCGAGGAGGAUAUUGGAUUUGAUCUUUUUGGAGGAGAUGAUUAGAUUUGUUUUACUUUUAUAUGUUUGUUUGGAGAAUACUAUCAAAUUUUAGCAUCCCUUCCUGUUUUUUACUCUCUAAUGAAGACUCCUAAAUUUUU